UCAUGGUGUUUUGUGAGUGACACGAUUUUCUGUUUUUGUUUUACGUUUUAUUUAUAAUUUCGGGCCUAUUACUUCCAAAAGCAUCUCAUUGUAGUAUUCCUAACUGUUUACAAUCACAAUUAUGGUAAUUUGUGUGAGAAUUUAACCACAUACCAUUGCUAAGUAAGCCCUCAACAUUAUAAGGUUUACCUGCAGAAAGCCAAAUGUCGAUGAAGUACGGAAAUGAAAUAGGCGGCCUAGAAUUCUGCAUUGUGUGUGGAGACCGAGCAUCUGGCCGACACUAUGGAGCUAUCAGUUGUGAAGGAUGUAAAGGAUUCUUCAAGCGGUCUAUUCGCAAGAAGCUGGGCUACCAGUGUCGGGGGAGCAUGAACUGCGAAGUCACCAAGAACCACAGGAACCGGUGCCAGUACUGCCGUCUCCAGAAGUGCCUCGCCAGCGGCAUGAGGAGUGAUUCGGUUCAACACGAGAGGAAGCCGAUACUGGACAAGAAGAACGACGCCAGAGGGGCACAGGAUCGCAUGCGGAGAGAGGAUACGGUGUACUCUAAACUGUUGGAACAUAUGAAUCCAGCAGAUGAGUCAUCAGACGGGUUUGGUACUGUCUCCCCGACGCCUGCAUUCAACAUGGCCCUAGCUGCUGUACUCAAUAAGAAUAAUCCAGUGGCACCAUACCUGGCAGCGGGCAGUCAAGUGGACGAGGGUCGCAGACAGCUGAUGCUGCAGACACACCUCGCGCUCUUCCCCAACAUGGGACAAUUUGGUCAAAUCAACAAGUUUCUACAGACGGCGUACGGCGCGACGCCGGCGGAGGCCUCCCCCAUGCCCACGCUACACCCCUCUGACGCUCAGCCCUCUGAAGGCGAGGAAGCAGGCAUCCUGAGCUCAGCCGAAGCCCUGCAACUUCCGUUAUCUCUACCUGCAGGUUCGGGCGGGCCGCUCCGCCUGCACGCCGCAUGCGAGGCGGCCGCGCGCCUGCUCGGGGCCUCGGCACGGUGGAUGCUGGCUGUGCCCGCUGCGGCUGCGCUGCCGUUCGAGGUGCAAUCAGCUCUGCUGCGCAAGUGCUGGGCGGAGCUAGUGGUGCUGGGGCUGGCGCGGUGGAGCUCGGCGCUGGCGCUGCCGCCGCUGCUGGCGCACAUGGCGCACUCCCUGCAUCGCGAGCUGCGGGACCGCGCCGCGCCACACCGACCCCGAGACACGCCCGAGCCACAGGGGGAGACGAUCAGCGUGUCGGACUACAGCGACGCUCGCGUGUCGGAGGUGCUGGCGGGUCUGACGCGCCUGCAACAGUUCAUCGCGGCGGCGGAUGCGCUGCGCCUCACGGACCGCGACUACGCGCAUCUGCGGGCGCUCUGUCUGUUCUCGCCAGACGGCGCACCGGACUUCAUAACGCCCAAACUCCAAGAAUACCAGAACAAAGUGCUCCGUUCUCUCCGUAUAACAUGUCAGUCGAACGACGAACGAGUGGACACCCUACUGCUACAACUUCCAGUAUUGAGGACGUUCACUGGAUCGUUUAUUGAAGACGUCUUCUUCGUGGGAUUCGUUGGAGACGUCAAUGUGGAUGAGGUAGUGCCUUACUUGUUGAAAACUGAACGCUAAGAUCCUCAUGAUGAGGAAUAAGAUAAUAAAAACAACGCGUAUGGCAUUGAGACUUGACAUAUUAUUCUUGAUAAUUUUUUAAUGUUUAAAAAGUCUUUACUGAUAUUUUUAGUGGCAGCUUUGUUAAAACCACAUUCUACGGAACUAAAGAACAGUAACAGAGUAAAAAUGUAUGAGGCACUCAAAUUCAUAUCCUACUAAUAUUAUUUAAAAAUCUAAAAUGUGUCUCCCUAAAAAACUCUCUGUGUUCACACUUGAAUAGCUGAACAGCUGAGUGGUAUAGGCUAAAUCCUGGGAAAGGACUUGACAGGAUUUUUUUUUGCGAGGAAAAUAUACGGUUCCCGUGCGAACGAAUGUCUCAAUGAAGUAGCAGAACAUCUAGUAUUACGUAAGUCUUAAAAUAAGAAGCAACAGAAAACAGGUUUGCACACUAGAGUUAAAUUUAUAAGUUUUGAGAUAAGUAAGUAGCACAUUAUUAAUUAUAACAAAAAGCACAAAUGUAUUUUUAUUAUUAUAUUUUAGAGUUAUACAAAAAACAUUACAGAUUGCUAUAGGUAUCUAUUUAUAAAGAUUACUACAAUAAAACAAAUUAAGUAAUGUUUUUUUUUCAAAAUAACAGAUAAGGAAAAUUAUAAGAUGUUGAGGAUAUGGAGCUCAAGGUGGUGUUUUUUCAAAUUUGUUUGUUAGAAUUUUAAUUUUUAAGUAUAAGAUGUAAGAAAAUCGGUAAAAAUUGUCUUUAAUUGUAACUUAUUGUGGUGCAUUGGCAUAGUGCUUUCUAUUUUCCGUCCAUUCUAAAUGCAGGAAAAA